AUGCGGCGGACGUUGAUGUCGUUUCCCCGCCGUCUGCUGGCAUCGACACAGUAUUCCCGCAGAUAUCCGGAUGAGUUCUUGAACAAAUUCAACUCUAGGUGUGUUGGUUUCAGGGCCUUACAUUCUCUGGUCAAUCUGAAUUCUUCCUCCUCUCCCACAAUCAAGGACUUGGUUUGGCAAGGGUUCCAUGUACAAGCAUUGCAGUUGUAUGCUCGCCAUACUCCUGCUGUCAUUUCCAAGUACACCUUUCCUUCUCUUCUCAAAGCCUGUGCUUCCCUUGCAAACCUUAAGUACGGAAGAACGAUUCAAGCGACGAUCACUGCCAUGGGUUUGUGCCGUGAUCCAUUCAUUACUACUUCACUAAUAAACAUGUAUGUGAAAUGCGGGUCACUGCUGGAUGCAGUUAAGGUGUUCGAUAAAUUGCCGGAAAGGGAGCUUUUGGCGGGAGAUUCUUCGAUUUGGAACUCGAUAACUGAUGGGUAUUUUCGUUUCGGUCGUGUUAAAGAGGGUGUUGCUCACUUUCGUCGGAUGCAAUCGUCUGGGAUUCGGCCUGAUGCCUACUCAUUGUGCAUUGUAGUUGGGUAUUUGGGAUAUGAAGAAGGGAGGCAGAUUCAUGGCUAUGUUGUUAGAAACUUGCUUGGUAGUGAUACUUUCUUAGAGAGUUCGCUAUUAGACAUGUAUUUUAGGUGUGCUAGGCCGAUGACUUCCUGUCGUAUGUUCCAAGGGCUAGAGAACAGGAGGAGAAAUGUUGUGUCAUGGAAUGUGAUGAUGGGAGGGCUUGCUGAGAAUGGUUUGUGGGAAAGUAGCUUGGAGUUGUAUUUGCUGGGCAAGAGUGAAGAAAUGGAACUCGUUUCGGCAUCCUUCACCAACAUCUUGGGUGCUUGUGGUCAGGGCGAGUGUGUAAGUUUUGGUGAACAGGUUCAUUCUGAUGUCGUUAAGAUGGGUUUUGCGAGUAACCAUUAUGUUUGUACCUCUCUUUUGACCAUGUAUGCCAAGUGCAAAUUUAUAGAAGGUGCAGAAAGAGUGUUUGAGCAAGUUAGUGACAAGGGAAUUGAACUUUGGAACGCAAUGAUCUCAGCUUAUGCCGGCAGCGGUUCUAUUUAUGGUGCUUUAGACACCUACAAGCAAUUGAAGAUUCACUAUAUCAUCCCCGAUUCUUUCACAAUGGCACAUGUUCUAUCUUGUUGCAACAUAGUUGAAGUGCUCGACUUGGGUAGGUUGGUCCAUGCAGAUUUAGUCAAAAGACCUAUAGAAAGAAAUAUUACCGUAGAAAGUGCAUUGCUUACGUUGUAUACUAAGGGUGGGCUGGACCAUGAAGCUAACUUGGUUUUUAGUAGUAUGACGGGUAGAGAUGUGAUUGCAUGGGGCUCCAUGAUCUCUGGUUUUAGCCAAAAUGAAAAAUUUGUUGAGGCUUUGAAUUGUUUCAGAGAUAUGAAGAAAGAUGGACUGAAACCGGAUUCUGAUAUCAUGGCAAGUGCAAUCAGUUCUUGCACAGGAUUGGAGAAUGUAAAUUUGGGCUCUUUGAUGCAUGGAUUUGUUACUAAGAGUGGGUUAGAAAAAGAUGUUUUUGUUGCAAGUGCCCUUUUGGAUAUGUACUCUAAAUGUGGCUUCCCUGACAUGGCUGCGAAUGUGUUUUCUCACAUGCCAUUCAAAACCAUUGUUUCUUGGAAUUCGAUGAUGUCAUGUUAUAGCAGAAACGACCUGCCUGAGAGGUCCAUGGAAACGUUUUAUCAGUUUCUAGAGUAUGGAUUGGAUCCUGACGCCCUAUCUAUCACUAAUGCUCUUGUUGCUGUUUCAUUACUUGCAGUUCUGGUCAAAGGGAAGACUCUGCAUGGUUACCUCAUUAGGCAAGGAAUUCUAACUGAUAUUCAUUUAGAGAACGCACUAGUUGACAUGUACAUCAAGUCUGGAUCUCUGAAAUACGCGCAGAAUGUUUUCCAGAAAAUGUGUUGGAAAAACUUGGUUUUGUAUAAUUCAAUGAUGGAUGGUUAUGGAUCGCAUGGUGAGUGCUGGAAAGCAAUGGCAUUAUUGGAUGAAAUGAGGAAUACUUCGAUCCAGCCUGAUCAUAUCACCUUCAUUUCUCUACUUUCCUCUUGCAAUCAUUCAGGCUUGAUUAAGGAAGGCCUCGAUCUUCUGCAUUUGAUGAAAAUUGAGUAUGGGGUUGAACCUAGAGAAGAGCAUUAUGUAACUGUUGUUGAUAUGUUAGGUCGUGCAGGACAGCUAGAUGAUGCUUAUGCCCUAGUUAGGAGCAUGCCUAUUGAACCUAGCAAGAGCAUUUGGUUAUCGCUAUUAAGUUCCUGUCGAGCUCAUCAUAACGUGGAUCUUGGAGAAGUUGCAGCUACUGAGCUAUCAAAGAUUGAGCCAAGUAGAGGCAGCAAUUAUGCUCAGCUUCUGAAUAUUUAUGGAGAAGCUGAAUUGUGGGACAGUGCUGCAAAGUUAAGGGCAUUGAUGAAAGAAAAAGGGCUGAAAAAGAAGGGUGGAUGCAGCUGGAUUGAAGUCAGGAACAAAGUCGGUGUUUUCUACUCUGGAGAUUCCUCAUGUCCACUGACACCUCAGAUUUAUGGGGCACUUGGUAGCCUAAGGAGAAACAUGUUGAAAAAAGAAAGUUGCUUUGAUAUUGUUAAAGCCCUGUUAAGCUACUGA